AUGGAAUUCGAGCCAAUCAUCGACUUCCAUAGUCUCCAUCUAACACCAUUCGAAGUGGGAUUGAGUGCAUCGACAUCUGCUGGAUUCAAGGACAUAGAUUUCUUGAUGGGUUCCAUUUACCUUGGGCCGGAGGAUGACCUCCCGGUGCCAUCUUCAGUAAAUGCUUCAUCAAUCGAACAUAUCGAUCUCAGUCCCGAGGAUGAUGGACCCGAGCCUCACCCUGGCUGGACUUCGAUGUUUGAUAUUGGUCACUGCACACCAUCGACAUCAAAACCCACUUCACCGAUGUCAGAGCAGGAGUUGCUUCGCAUGUCAAAAUCGAUCCUGCACAUCAACAGCCUCGAUGACAACACUUAUAUCCUUGAACUUGAGCGACCUUUCCACACUGCAUUCACUGACAAUACGGACAAGCUCCAUCGGGCAACGAAGGAUCUCAGGCAAAUGGAGAAGCAGAGGGCGAUGAAUCUCGAGCUACUCCAUAUGCUCGAUCACUUCAUAACGCAGGUCCAGGAUGACUGGCAUACACAACAGGAUACCAUGAGCAAAAAUAAUUGUAACAGGAGCUGGGGGACCAGAUUGAUGAACUCCACCAUCAUCCAACCCUUCACGGGCUGCACCUUCUUCAUCCGCUUCUGGGCUGUGAGGGAGUCCCUGGAAGCAUACAUCAUCCCAGUGAAGGAGUCUCUCGAAGCAUAUAUCAUCCAAGAUAAGUACCUCCCUUGA